AAAUUUUUCUUAAAAAAAAACAACAAUGUCAGAGAAAUAUGAUGAUACGCUUUUACACAUUCUUCAAGAAGAAAAAAAUGUAGUAAAAUUUUUUGACACAAUUUUUGGAUUCCUUAAAAGAAGAACAGAUUUUUACGUAAUUUCCAAAUCACCUCAGGAUUCAGUUGGAUUAUUGGAGGGAUUUGCUGAGAAAAUUGUAUAUGAUGCUUUAAUGAAAUAUAAAAGCUUGGACGAAAACCUUGAACCUAUAAUAGAAAAUUUUGAUGUCCAAAGAGAGGAAUGUGUAACGACAUGCAAUGCGAGUGAAUUAGACUCCAAUAGUCAACCAGAACCUCUAGCAAAAUUAAAUCAAGAAACAUGCAAAGAAAUUAAACACAAACCUGAUAACUACAAUGGUGCUAGUUAUGACAACUAUUCAUGGUCUCAAAGUAUAACGGACUUAGAUGUACAAAUUACUCUUUCAUCGACAUACACUCCCAAGCAGUUAGAUGUAAAUAUCUUAACCAAUUUCUUAUCAAUAAAAUUAAAAAACGAAAAUAUUUGUAUAUUAGAAGGCACAUUACACAGGAAAAUAAAAGCUGCAGAAACUAUUUGGUCCGUUGAUAAAAACAUACUACAAAUUCAUAUUGAAAAACAAAUGGAAUCAUGGUGGGAACGCUUUUUAACCACUGAACCUGUGCUUGAUCUACAACAAAUGGAUUGUUCUCGACCACUAGAAGAUCUGCCAGAAGAUGUACAAGCAAAAAUUGAACAGCUAAGAUGGGAUGCUGAACAAAGGAACAAAGGUUUACCAACUAGUCAAGAUAAUAAAAAAACACAAUUGUUAGAAAAAGCGUGGAAUGCUGACGGUUCCCCGUUCAAAGGAACACCAUUUAAUCCAAGUAUAGUAUCAUUUGAAGAACAAUAACAUUUUUUCUGCAAAUUUUAAAUGAAAAUUUUAAAUUUUAUUGUAUAUAAAUUUUGAUUUUUUAUGAAUUAUUAAUAUUUAUUUUAAUAACUUUUACUCAAUGUAAAUAUGUGUCAAUUUUUUUACUCAAUAAAAUUAUGGGAAUUUUAUCUCGGCAAAGGAACACCAUUUAAUCCAAGUAUAGUGUCAUUUGAA